CAUACCACAUUGGAAUCGCUUGAUUGCUGACUUGGUGGAAGCUCCAUUACGAAAUAACGGAGACUGGUGAUUCAACCACUGCAACUUAGAGCUCUCUUCCUAGCAACCAAUCAAUUACGGAUUGAAUCGUCCGAGUCUCUUCGUGACCAAAAUGCCGACCCCUGAAUCCGAAGCUUUCCUGGCGAAGAAGCCGACCGUCCCUCCCACAUUCGACGGUGUUGAUUACGACGACAACAAGAGAUUUAAGCAGGCGCAAGAUGCUAUCAUCCGAGAGCAGUGGGUGCAAGUUAUGAUGGGACGACUUGUCCGAGAGGAGCUGGGCAAAUGCUAUUACCGAGAGGGUGUUAACCACCUGGAGAAGUGCGGUGCUCUACGAGAGAAAUACCUCCAGAUGCUCAAGGACCACCGGGUACGGGGUUACCUAUUCGAACAACAGAACUACAUCUCGAAGACUUCAUAGACGGAGAAAAAGAAAGGCAAGAUGAGUUCUACGGUUAUCAAUGGCAUACAUGAUGAAGAUGCAUAGGGUACGAGGACUGCUUUGGACAGAGCUCUUUACAUGAGGGUGUAUCCGGUGCGAUGCGGAUACUUGUCCGUCCGCGGUAACCCGUGUAUUGUACAUUUUUAACAACAAUCUCAAUGUGAAAACGACAUAAAUCCCG